AUGCCUUCGUCAACUCUCCUAGCAGCGCUCGCACUCCUGGUCUCGGGCCUGAUAUACACCUACCUCUACAUCGGGCGGCGAGAGUCGAACCUCCCACCCGGCCCACCCACCCUCCCAAUCCUAGGCAAUAUCCCACACAUCCCGCUAAAAGGCGCGCACUUCCAAUUCACAGCCUGGGCGCGACAAUACGGCGGCCUCUACACCCUCAAACUCGGCACUGGGACCGCGGCGGUCAUCACCUCGCCGCGUCUGGUGAAGGAACUCCUGGAUAAACGCAGCGCAAAGUAUACCGAUCGGCCCGUUUCCUAUGUCGCCAAGUUGAUUUCGGGCGGGGACCAUAUCCUGCUCAUGACUUAUGGGAGCCAGUGGCGCGCGACGAGGAAAUUGCUGCAUGGUUCGUUCAUGGAGAAGGUGGUCGAGACGGAGUACCUUCCCAUCCAGGAGGCGGAGGCGAGACAGAUGAUCCGGGAUUAUAUGGUGCAGCCGGAGAAACAUAUGCUGCAUCCUAAGCGGUUUAGUAAUUCCGUUACCAUGUCCCUGGUUUGGGGCGUUAGGACGCCGGUGCCGGAGACGCGGCAUAUGCAGAGGUUGUACUCGUUGAUGGAGAUCUGGUCGAAGGUGAUGGAGACGGGGGCGACGCCGCCGGUGGAUAUCUAUCCUUUUCUGCAUUGGUUACCGCAGAGGGUGUUUUUGCGGUGGAGGGAUCGGGCGGAGACGGUGAGGCGGGAGAUGAAUGGGUUGUAUGCUGAUUUCUUGUCUGAUCUGAGGGCGAGGAGGAAGGCGGGGGGGAGUCGGGGUGCUUUCAUGGAUAAGGUUCUUGACGCGGUGGAGAUGAAGGGGAAGGGGUUUGAGGGGCUGACUUGUUCGGAUCAUGAGUUGUGGUUUAUGGGUGGGACGUUGACGGAGGGGGGGAGCGAUACGACUGCUUCUAUCCUCACCGCUUUCGUGCAGGCUAUGGUCUGUUAUCCGGACGUGCAGAGGAGAGCGCAGGCCCAGAUCGAUGCUGUCGUGAGUGAAGAUCGGAGUCCCACCUGGUCUGACUACGGUUCUUUGCCGUAUGUGGCUCAAUGCGUGAAGGAAACUAUGCGAUGGCGUCCCGUCACACCCUUGGCGUUUCCUCACGCCCUGGCGGAAGACGACUGGGUGGAUGGGAUGUUCUUGCCCAAGGGAACGGUGAUCAUUAUCAACGCCUGGGGCAUGCAACACGAUCCCACUCGCUUCAAGGAUCCCGAGAGGUUUGACCCGGAUCACUUCGAUGGCUGCACCACCCUCGCCACCGACCUCGCCAAUGGUGCGUGGGAGAAACGGGAUCAUUACGGGUAUGGAGCUGGGAGGCGAUUCUGUCCCGGAGCACAUCUGGCGGAGAGGAACUUAUUUCUGGCCAUGGUGAAGCUGCUGUGGGCGUUUGACAUCAGGGCGAAGGAGGGUAGUAGCGUGCCGGAUACUGAUCCCGUGACGGGGUAUUGUGAGGGCUUCCUGGUGUGUGCGAAUGAUUUUGAGGCGGAGUUUAUUCCGAGAGGGGAUGGGAAGAGGAGGGAAACGAUAUUGAGGGAGUAUGAGGAGAGUCAGGGGGGAUUUGAUCGAUUCCAGGCUACAGGGGAUGAAAAGGCAUAG